CAUGGAUAGAAAUAAAGGAGCUACGAAACCAACAGCGUUAGAUGAAAAGAAAAAACCAGUGCUAAAAAAGAAAAAAUCUACUUAUUUUGACAAAGUAACGCACCUUUUUUUACAAGAAAAAUGUUUAGUGAAAAUUCCAAAAAUCUCCUCAGCUCAAAGCAUCGAAACCGUCUACCUUUACAACAACAAAAUAAAAACCAUCGAAAAUUUACACGAACUGCGUAAUCUUUCCAACUUGUAUUUGCAAAACAACCAAAUAGAUAAAGUGGAAAAUUUAUCCCACUUGAGCAAAUUGAAAAAUAUAUAUUUGGGCAAAAAUAGAAUCUCUGUACUUGAAGGGCUACAAUGUAUCGACGGUAUAGAAGAGUUGCACGUUGAAAAACAAGAUUUACCAGAUAAUUGUCCUAUGUGUUUUGAUCCGAGAACUGUCCUAAGUUUAUCAAAUACAUUGCGAGUUUUAAACAUAUCACAUAACAAAAUCAUAUCGUUAGAAUUCCUGUCUCCAUUAAAAAUGUUAGUAAUACUAGAUGCAUCUCACAAUGAUUUUGAUAAUAUGCAAGAUGUUUGCCAAACUUUAAGAAAUUGGUUGCAUCUAAAAGAAGCAAAAUUCAACGGCAAUCCAAUUAGCAGCAAGCAUCGAUAUAGAGAGGAUAUUAUUGCAAAUAGCCAUUGCUUAGAAAAACUAGACAACAAAAAAAUAUCAGAAGUAAGUAGGAGAUUCAUUAAAAGUUUCGAGAAAGCAAAAUUGUUACGCAAAGCCAAAGUUAAUCUUGCAGAUAUUGUACCAAGUCUACCAACAAAUUAUCCAGUUAGCUUACAAAAAGCAGCUUCUGCUUCAAUAAUCAAAGAGUUUAGAUGCAAACAGUUAGACAAUCAAGCAGAAACUUUGUAUCUUACAUGGAAUUCAUUGCCUAAAAGAUCAGCAUUGACUAAACCAACCAUGCAACUCGGUCAUAAAAUGGAAAGUCAGAAAAAUAUUGUCGUUAGCAAAAGCACAAUUAAAAUGAGAAGACCUUAAAUUAUCAUUUAUUUUUUUAUAUGAUCAUUUUACAAUAAAAAAUCAGAAUUUCAUCUGCGUUUUCGAUCAUCAUCUCUCCUUUUUUUGUCUUUGUCCUUGUCCCUAUCCCGCCUAUCUCUAUUUUUAUCCCUAUCCCUUCGAUCUUUUUCUUUAUCCUUCUUGUGAUGCCGCUCCCUUUCCCUGCUCCGGCUUCUAUGUCUCUCUUUUGAUCUGCUCCUUUCCCUUUUCCUGCUCUCUUUUUUCUCUUUUGGUUUUGCAUUUUCUACUAGCUUAUACUUUGAUAGCUCUGCUUCUUCAAUUUCCAUUUCCUCAUCCAGAUCGUCUUCCAAGGAUGAAAUUUUUGCUUCGAUUUCAUUGUUCUCUUCCAAUAAGUGUCUUUUUUGAAUCCUGGGAAGAAUAACAUCACAAACUCUUUCUUCCCUAAGAAGUUCAUCAAUAAGCUCAUCCAUGUGAACAAGCUCAAACUGUGCCUGUCGAUUUUGCCUUCUCAGUUUACGAUUGUCGUUAUAUAGUGGCUCCAAAUACUUGUAGCAAUCCAACGAGGUGCCAGUCAGCCUCAUGUAAAACGCUCCUAGGGCACGAACGUAUUUGAAUUCUUCGUUUUUGAUAAACUCGACCACUAUAUCUUUUUCGGGUUGAAUUUGAAGCAUUUUUAAUGUGAGACAAAGAAAGGGGGUUGGUUUUACGUUACCGCCGUAUACGCCUCCGAUAAAGCGAAGCUCCAUCGCCUUGUCUACCAACAGUUCAGCUGUGAGGGCGAAACAUUCUUCCUUCCAGUACUUUGAAUCGUAGAUUCUCGAACGGAUGAUUUUUUCUACUAAAUAUUGAGGGUUCGUACCGUGCACGGAUUUGGCGUCUUUUACUGUUCGAUUUGCCAUUGUGCGACCACAAAUACAUUAAUAAUUGAUUGAUAAUUGAAUUAUUUUGGAUUCAUUCUGUUUUA